UCUGUUUCUCACACACACACACACACACACACACAAAGGCCAAACUUUAAAAUUGUGGAAGUCCAUAUUUUUUCACAAGAACUUGAAGAGGUGAGGGCUCUUCACAGCCAUUCAAUCUCUUUAAAACAUACAUAUUGCAGAGAGACACCCUCGUCCGUGUCGCUUCUUCUGCAAUUUUCUGCUUCCAUGGCUUCCAGAAUUGCUGAUUCCCUCAUCGCCUUCACGGGACCACAACAAUGUCUUCCUAGGGUUCCUAAGAUUGCUGCUUCUGCUCGUGUUUCUCCUCCUGGUUCUGUGAGGCCUAUUGAUCUUCUGUUAAAAGGAAGUACACUUCGAGGAAGAAGAUGUGUGGUUCCUAUGAAAAGGAGGAUUGGAUGUAUAAAAGCUGUGGCUGUUCCAGUUGCACCGCCUUCAGCUGACAGUGCAGAAGACAGGGAACAAUUAGCAGAAAGCUAUGGAUUCAGACAAAUUGGAGAAGACCUUCCUGAUAAUGUCACCUUAAAAGAUAUCAUGGAUACACUUCCCAAAGAGGUGUUUGAGAUUGAUGAUGUGAAAGCUUGGAAGUCUGUGUUGAUAUCUGUGACUUCCUACACUUUGGGGCUCUUCAUGAUUGCAAAAUCCCCGUGGUAUCUUCUGCCAUUGGCUUGGGCAUGGACAGGAACUGCAAUUACUGGGUUCUUUGUGAUAGGUCAUGAUUGUGCACAUAAAUCAUUUUCAAAGAACAAAUUGGUGGAAGACAUUGUGGGUACUCUAGCCUUCCUACCACUUGUCUACCCGUAUGAGCCAUGGAGGUUUAAGCACGACCGUCAUCACGCCAAAACAAAUAUGUUAGUCCAUGACACAGCUUGGCAGCCAGUUCCACCAGAGGAGUUCGAUUCAUCACCCACGCUGCGUAAGGCAAUCAUCUUUGGAUAUGGCCCAAUCAGACCUUGGUUGUCCAUAGCUCAUUGGGUGAACUGGCACUUCAAUCUGAAAAAGUUCAGAGCAAGCGAGGUGAAUAGGGUGAAGAUAAGUUUGGCUUGUGUUUUCGCCUUCAUGGCCGUUGGGUGGCCACUGAUCAUAUACAAAGUCGGUUUAUUGGGAUGGGUAAAAUUCUGGUUGAUGCCGUGGUUGGGCUAUCACUUCUGGAUGAGCACAUUCACAAUGGUUCAUCAUACGGCUCCACACAUUCCUUUCAAGCCUGCGGAUGAAUGGAACGCGGCUCAGGCCCAGCUAAAUGGAACUGUUCAUUGUGAUUACCCUAGUUGGAUUGAAGUACUUUGCCAUGAUAUUAACGUUCACAUCCCCCAUCAUAUUAGCCCAAGAAUACCGAGCUACAAUCUCCGUGCAGCUCAUGACUCUAUACAAGAGAACUGGGGAAAGUAUACAAAUAUGGCUACAUGGAACUGGCGCUUGAUGAAGACGAUAAUGACUGUGUGUCAUGUCUAUGACAAAGAGGAGAACUACAUUCCUUUUGACCGGUUAGCCCCUGAAGAAUCGCAGCCAAUAACGUUCCUCAAGAAAGCAAUGCCUAACUACACAGCUUGAUACGCCAUAGCCUUAAACUGGUCUUUUGAAAUCUCAAUAUCUUUUUGCAGUCGCCGAUGUUAUAUGUAAGCUUUUCAAGUGAUAAGCUUCUCUAACACUUCACCAACGCUUUAUACUGUUAUCUUCUUCCCAAUCUUAUCAGAAGAGAGAUUAUCUCAGCUAUUGCAAUUCUUUUAUCAGUUUCUUAAUCUUAGCUAUAGGAUUGGAGA